AUCCUAAAUAAAAUGAUAAAUCUUCUCCUUGUGCUCAUCUUUCUUGGCGCAUUUUUACAUCUCCACCGCAAACGUAGAGCGAGACUAAGGCCAACACGGCCGUGUCCGCCGGGUCCUAAAGGCUUCCCGAUCAUCGGAAACCUUUUCCAACAUAGCACAGAAGCCCCGCACAUCCACCUAUGGCAACUCGCCAAAAAACACGGUCCCGUAAUGUCCCUAAAGCUCGGUUCCAUCCCCGUUGUCAUCGUAUCAUCUCCAAAAGCCGUCGAGGAAGCUCUAAAAAAAAACGACCUCAUAUUUAGCAAUAGACCGAAGCUCGUCGGGCAAUACAAGUUGUUCUACGAUGGGCUCGACGUAGCGUUUUCCCGCUACGGCGAAUUAUGGCGGGAACUAAGAAAACUUUGCAUCGUACACCUCUUGAGCAAUCGAAGAGUUCAAUCGUUUAGAAACGUACGCGAGGAACAAGUGUUUAAAAUGAUGGAGAAAUUGUCAUUGAGUGCAGAUUCGGGCAAAACUGUCAAUUUGAACGAGGUUAUGGUGUCGCUUACGAGCGCAUUAAUAUGUCGAAUCGCGUUUGGCAAGAUCGGAGUCGAUGGAGGAUCAGAGUUCAAGAGGUUUGAUAAACUUAUGGUCGAAUCGCAAGCCAUGCAAGCCGGGUUCUUCUUCGCCGAUUACUUGCCUUGGCUCGGUUGGGUUGAUAGAGUCACCGGGAAGAUCAGGAGGCUCAACAAGAUCUUUAAGGAUUUCGAUGAGUUUCUCGACGAGCUCAUCGAAGAUCACCUAAAUCCGGAUAGGAUUAGAUCGUCGAACCCGAACAUACUCGAGAUUUUGAUCGAGCUCAAACAUGAAAAGUCGUCUCCAAUCGAAUUGACUUGGAAUCACAUCAAAGGAAUACUCAUGGACAUAUUCGUCGCCGGGACAGACACCGCCGCCGUGACGGUAGUUUGGGCGAUGACGGCUUUAAUGAAGACACCCGAGGUGAUGAAGAAGCUGCAAAAGGACGUCCGGGACAUAGCCGGGGAGAAAGGCUACGUGAACGAAGACGACAUACCAAAACUUCUGUACCUAAAGGUCGUCAUAAAAGAAACCCUUCGGUUGUACCCGCCGACGCCACUCUUACUCCCGAGAGAGACGUUGGACGAGUGCACUAUACAAGGCUACGCAAUCCGACCCAAGACAAUGGUGCACAUAAACGCGUGGUCCGUGGCAAGAGAUCCCGAGUAUUGGGAUCGUCCUGACGAGUUCAUCCCCGAGAGGUUCUUCGAUACUAGCGUCGACGUAAUGGGGCAAGAUUAUCAGGUUUUACCAUUCGGGUCGGGUCGAAGGGGGUGCCCGGGAAUCGUGAUGGGGCUAGCGAACGUCGAGAUCGUGCUCGCAAAUCUCGUCUGUUCCUUUGACUGGGAAUUGCCUGUCGGGGUUAGUAAAGAAGAUAUCGACACAGAUGUUGCACCGGGGCUAACCAUGCAUAAGAAGAAUCCCCUUCGCCUUGUGCCCAAGCCGCGCAAGUUCGACUGAUCGCUGCAAAAUUUAGUAGUUAACAAAUUACAUUGAAAUAUUGCGAAGAAAUUAGUGAAUCCAGAGACGAAUUUACUGUCCAAAAGCUAAAAUUCACGAACAUAUAUUUACAUAGGCUAAAGAACAAAUGUCAUGAAUAAAAAUCGGGGUGGUCCAUCGACAGAUGGAUAUUCCCAACCAUACCAGAGUCAAAGAA